AUGGGAAUUCUAUUUUCUGCGGUGAUUUUUACAUCAAGUAUUGAUAUUUUCUUUGCAGUUUCAUUGAUCGUUGCUUCCGUUGGAGUGUAUGCAUAUCCCGAAAAGGCAGAAAAAGUUUUAGAAUAUAUUUUAUCAAGUCGUUUCCUGACAUUGGAUUAUUCUGGAAUGAGAUUUUCAUCAUCGUCUUCACCUCGAGAUAUUUCCUCAACAACCAUCACAUUUUCAGCAACAAAAAUCGAUCAAGAUGACAUUCAAGCAUUACCUGAGCAUUUGCAAAUUGCAUUGGGUGUUAGUGUUCAAAUGGAUAUUUAUGAACAAGACAAGACAAGUGACAAUCAAGCAUCUCAAUGGCCCACAAAGCCUAACAAGACACCUCCUCCACCUCCAAGAAGACCUUCUCAAUUGAAAGUUAAUGGAACUUCUCAACAGGAAGAAGAAGAACGAUUAAAACAAGAACGUCAAGAACAAGAAGAAGAUUUGAGUUUUGCGAGAAGAAUUUUGGGAGCUGCUGAUCUUGUGAGUGUAAAUGAAAGAAUUAAGCAAUUUGAAAAUGCCAUUGCAAUGGCAAAUGUAUCAGUUUCGACUGGUUUGAAUCGAAUUCCAUCGAAAAUUUCACUCAAACAAAAUAAGAUGGCACAACGAUUAAUGAUCCAAGAUGAGAACACAACAAACUCACCUCUAUUACUGCUACCAUCGUCACCACACAAAGUAUUACCUCCAAUUCCAAUACAAAGUCAAUCGACGCAAGAUUUAAAGUCAAAACCAUUGCCACAAAUUCCUAAAAAGAAUCUUGGAUUGUAUAUUAAGAGGUUUAUUCAAAGAGAAGAAGAAUAUUUGAAUCAAUUGGGUCACUUGUUACCUCGAAUUUACAAAAAUCCAAUUAUGGAACUCAUUCAUCAAAGAAAUAUUGAAGGAGAAAAAGAAGUAAUGGAAAAAUUAUUCAAUUAUUUGAUUAACAUGUUUAGUGCAGACAAGAGACAUUUAAAAUUAAUGCAAUUGAAAAGACAUGUGGCAGAACAAAGUGUUUCAGAGGCCAAUGAUCAGUGGCUUGAAGAAUUUGGAGAAAUUAUUCUCGAUUUUGUUCAAGAAACUCUCAUUACAAAAUAUAUCGAUCAAUAUUUGGUCGAUUACACACAAAAAGGACUUCGAUACAGAAUUCAAAAGAUUCUUCUCGCCGAUGACAAGCAAUUGAAACAUGUCAUUGAAACCAAACUCGAUGUAGAAGCAAGAGCAAGUUUUAAAAAAGAACAACAAUCGACCGCUGCUGAAUUUUUAACCUUUGAUCAACUCAUUCAACAGCCAGCAGCUCGAUUGACAUAUUAUUUAAUUCAAAUUCGUGACGUUUUUCAACCUUUAAUUCCAGAAAAUCAUCCAUGUCCAAAACUUGACACUGCCAUCUACAAAUUAGAAAAGAAAAUGAUUACCACAAGUCAAGUACUGGAAUUGGCAUAUCAAUUGAAUCGAACUUUUGAAAUUCAAAAUCGAUUGAAUAUUGAAAAUUUAGAAUCUUACACGGCAUUCGAUUUGGAAUCCAAUUUAUCUGGAUCCAUGCGAAGAUCUUCAGUCUCUGAACGAGAAACGAGUGUUUACAAAACAGUUCGACCACGAAGAGGCUCCAUUCUAGAAGAACAAGUUCCAACCAUGCCUCGUUUCAUCUUUUCUGUACAAACCAUUGAUUCGACAUGUCUCACCAAUUACUAUGAUUCCAAUGACAAGUUAAUUUAUCAAAUUCGAAAAGGUCAAAAAUCUCCACCUUGUGAGGCCUAUCUUUUUGAAAAUGUUCUCAUUAUUAGUUGGAUCAAUAAGAAUGUUGUCACUUUGGAUUCCUCUCAUCCCUCCGUGAAACGUGAAAAGAAACUCUAUUUCAUUGAUCACACUUGUAUGGUUGAAAAAUGGGGAGAUCGAGGUUUCAAACUCGUCUAUGCUCCAGAAAAGCAAAAGAUUUUUGAGUGUGAAUCGGCAGAGGAGAGACGUCGAUGGAUUCAUUAUUUGAGAUCAAUUGUCAAUGGUUCAUUAUUGUCCGCUCAUGAAACGAAACAAAUUGUGAAACAUUUGAGAUCCGUGUCGAGUUUGGAAAAACCUGAAUCUCGUUAUUCGGAAGAUUUGGAUUCUCUCAUGGAAAGACGAUCUAUCGAUCAUGCCAAAUUUGAAGAACCUGAAGUUCCUGGUGAAAAUGUUGCGUUUGCAGAAGAUGGUUCAUUGAUUGGAGCAACUUUGGAAAAAUUAAUUGAAAGAAUGACCAUGUCACAAUCCGUACAAGAUUUAGCCAUUAAGGAUGCCUUUUUAUUGACCUAUCAUUCAUUCACAACUGCUGAAAAAGUUCUCGAAUUGUUAAUCUUAAAAUGGAAUUUACCUCCUCCUUCGAUUCAAAUUCGAUCAGAUCCUCAAUUAUUUAAACAAUUUGAAUUAUCUGUAUUGGCUCCUACUCGAAUUAAUAUUUAUGGAAUUUGUAAGAGAUGGAUCACUGAUCAUAGCAAUGAUUUUAAGAGUAAUCCUUCAUUGGUCAAACUCAUGUCCAAUUUUAUUGAAAAUCACAUGGCAAAAACAUUUGACAAGUUGGCAGAUAAUUUGAGAAUUGAAAUGAAACGAUUGAAAUCGAAACGUGACACGAUGGCAACGGUACAAAAACAAUAUCUCGAAAAACAAAUGAAAGAAUAUGAAGAAAAGGACGUCGAAUCGGAUGAAGAUGCUCCAAAACCAGUCUUUCCAUCCACAUUUAAAACAUCUUUCAAGAGUUUGAAUGAGGUUCGAGUAUUGGAUUGGAGUAGUGUUGAAAUUGCUCGACAAAUUACUUUAAUUGAAAGUGCCAUCUUUCAAAAAAUUCAAUCUAAAGAAUGUUUGGGACAAGCUUGGAAUAAGAACAAACCAGCAGCUCCCAACGUGUGUGAAAUGAUUCACAGAACCAAUACGGUGGUGUUGUGGGUCGCUCAUCAAAUUCUUGAAAAUAAGAAGGAAGAUAAACGUGCCAAAGCCAUUCGAAAAUUCAUCAAAGUGGCUCAUGAAUUACGAAAACUCAACAACUUUAAUGGACUCAAGGAAAUUAUUGGUGGAUUGAGAAGUGUGCCCAUUAUGAGACUGAAAAAGACAUGGGCUCUUGUACCAAAGAAGCAUUUGGAGAAUUAUAGAGAGUUGGAAAAGAUUGUGUCAACUGCUAAGAAUUAUAAGGAAAUGAGAACCACUAUGAAAGAAUGUCAUCCUCCUCUCAUACCAUUUAUAGGUCUCUAUUUGACAGAUUUGACCUUCAUCGAAGAUGGCAAUAAGGAUUACAUUAAUGAAGACAAGAAAAUUAUAAACUUUUUCAAGAGACAAAAACUUGCCUUUGUCAUUCAGGGAGGUAUUAAGAGAUUCCAAAAAGCAUACAAACUCAAAGCAGUGACAGAAUUGAAAAACAAAUUGAACAAUAUGGUUCACUUUUCAGAAGACAAGUUGAUUGAACUCUCUUGCACAUACGAACCUAAAGAUCCCAAUCAAUAA